GUGAGGUGUCCACAUUGAUCAUUGAUGUUGCCCGCGCCCAGGCUGCCCGCAACUCGAUCACCGACGCAAUCAGCCCGGAAGGCCAAACCUCGGGUCUAGAAGCCAGGCGCCAAAAUCGAUCGACUAGGAAGACAAAGUAGAGGGAGAGGAAACAGCGAGCCCUGGAAGAGUUCGAGGGGAGCUGCUCUGCGAACAGACUCGACGAAACAAAAUAUCCAUAGACGACUCGGCCCAUCACCAUGAAUCUGCAAGCGUUCCUCGAUGGCUCGUUGUCCUAGAACCCACUAGUUUCCGCCUGCCCUCCCCGCAAGUUGCCGACAAACCCCGCCAACAAUGUUCUCGAUCCCAGCGGCGCCGGCGAAGCAGUCGGUCGGCGAGACCAUCUCAGUCCUGAGCGGCCGCCUCGGCUCGGCCACGUUGCUCGAGGACCGCCGCGCCGCCAUCCUGGGCCUGCGAAGCUUUGCCAAGCAGUACCCUGCCUCGGUCGCCUCGGGCGCCCUCCGCAGCCUGAUCGGGUGUCUAUCCAAAGAUGGCGAGGAUGUCGACACGGUCAAGGGUGUGCUGGAGACCCUGCUGAUGCUCUUUAGCCCCAACCACGACAGCCCCGAGGCCUCCGACGAGAUCGCCCUCUGGCUCGCCGACGAGUUCACCCAACGCCAGGAGAACAUCACCCUCCUGCUCGACUUCCUCGAAACCCCCGAUUUCUACUCGCGGCUGUACUCGCUGCAGCUCCUCUCCGCCGUCCACUCUGCUCGCACUGAGCGCGCCGAAGAAUGCGUCCUCACCGCGCCCCUGGGCAUCCCCCGCCUCGUCGCCAUACUCGACGACCGACGCGAGGCCGUCCGCAACGAGGCCAUUACCCUGCUCACCUAUCUCACUCCGAGCUCGGUUGAGAUCCAGAAGCUAGUCGCCUUCGAGAACGCGUUCGAGCGCAUUCUCUCAGUCGUCGCCUCCGACGGUGGCUUGGCUGAGGGCGGCCGCGUCGUCGAGGACUGCUUGAUACUCCUGGCCAACCUGCUGCGAAUCAACCCGUCUAACCAAACACUUUUCCGCGAGACGGGUUGCGUCGCUAAGCUGACGGGGCUUCUCAAGAACGCCUACCAACCCGCCGAGGGCGAGGAGCGCGAGAUAGCCUCCUGGGCCGAGGAGCAGCGCAACAGGAACGUCUAUGCCCUACUUGCUGUUGUCCGGCUCUUCCUUGUAGCCGGAGCCGUGGGCACCCCUCAGAACCAGGCCGCCUUCUGGCAACACGGCUUGUUGUUUCAUGCCCUCCAGCUCGCUUUCAACCAUGACGCAGACACAACCAUCAAGGCCGAGGCUCUCGUAGCCUGUGCCGAUAUCAUCAGAGGCAACGGUGUUCUCCAAGAGAAUUUUGCUCAGCUUCAAGUCCCUUCCCCACUCGACCACCCGCAGCAUGUGGGCGGGCAACCUCUGGACAACAAGGGAAACAGCACAGUGACCGUGUACGUAAUUGAUGGUCUGCUGGAUCUCACGUUGAGUGUUCACACGGUGCAGGACUUUGAUCUCAGGUUUGCGGCAUGCGGGUGCCUCAAGGCGUACUUCUUUCAUCACUCGGAAGUGCGCCAGCACUUCUUAUCACGAGCGAUAGAGGGCCAUCGAUCUGGCGCGGACGAAACGGCGAACGUGCUGACAACCCUGAUGCGAUCGCCCGCCGAGGAAUCGGUGACUAACCCUUACCGAUACUGGUUCGCCGCCGUCAUCAUGCUGCACUUGCUCAUGGAUAGCCCCCAGGCCAAGGCCAUGGCUAUGGAUGUUACCGAGGGCGAUGAAGAGAGUGGUGAGGAGGUAGUAACGAGCAUCCAAACCAUCACCGCACACCUCGUCUCGGGCCUGGGACGUGGUGAUGAUGAGCGGGUCCUUAUCGGAAGUCUCAUGUUGCUGCUGUGCUGGCUAUUUGAGGAUCUUGACGGCGUCAACGACUUCCUCGGGGAAGGUAGCAACAUUCAGGGGCUCGUCAACGCCGUUGCUAAGAAUACGGGUGGAGGGCCGAUCGUACAGGGCCUGUGCGCCAUGUUGCUGGGCGUUGUUUACGAGUUUUCGACCAAGGAUUCGCCUGUGCCAAGAACGACGCUGCAACCAAUCCUUCUUCAGAAAAUGACGCGUGAGGUGUACAUCGACAAACUAAGCACGCUGAGGAGCCACCCCCUGGUCCGCGAUUUCGAGGUGCUCCCUCAACGGUUGGACGUCUCGUCAGGCCAGAAGUUUCCCGAUGUCUUUUUUGAUGGCUCGUUUGUUGAGUUCUUCAAAGACAAUUACAGCCGCAUUCUCCGAGCCAUCGACAGGGAGCCAGGCAUGGAGAUAUCAGUGGUGGCGAACGGCGUCCAGAAGGGCAUCUCGCGAGAGCUCGUCGACGGGCUACGGAGUCAAAUGGAGGAAAAAGACAGGGAACUACAAGAAGCACAGCUCAAGAUUGCAUCCCUGGACGGCCAGCUCGGCCAGGAACAGGCGGACCACAGACGAGCAAAGGAAUCGACCCUGGGAGAGCUUUCAAGGCUCAAGGCAGUAAACGAGUCUCUGCAGAGGCUACAUGAGGAGGAAGUUGGAAAGCUACGCAAACAGAGCCAGUCACGGGAAGAGGAGUUGCAGAGGAAGCAUAAGCUGCGAGAGGAUGAGCUACAGGAACAGCUUCGGUCACGCGAGGAUGAACUACAGAAGAAGCUUCAGACGCGUGAGAGCGAGCUCCAGAAGCAAGUAGAGCAGGCAAAGAAGUUGGCAACUGCCGAGCUGGAGCGUACACAGCGCCGUAACGAGGCUGCUGUGGCCGACCUCCGAGCCACGAUAAGCCGGCUCGAAGUCGACCUUAUGAAGGCAAACAAAUCGAGGGCGCAUGACUUACAGGCCGCCAAGGACGAUUUCAACGCGAAGCUGGCCGCUCAGGUCGCCACAACCAUGGAGGCUGAAGAGAAACUGGAAGCGCUGCAAAAGAACCUUACGGAGCGGGACGGAAGGCUUCGUGAGCUGGAGCGGCUUGUGACCUCGAAGGAGAAGUUGGUGGCAAGCAAGGAGGAGCAAGUGAAGAAGAACGACGCCCUGUUGAAACAGGCGCAAUCAGAAAAGAAGGCGACCCAGGGUGAACUGGACGACCUUCUGAUGGUGUUUGGUGAUCUUGAGGAAAAGACCAACAAGUACAAGGAACGGUUAAAGGCUCUCGGCCAGACGGUUUCUGAUGGUGAGGACUCUGACGAAGACGAGGACGAUGAUGACGAGUGAAGGAAGUGAAAGGCUACUCCCGGGCGUUCUCCUGGCUCUAGACAAGCACGUGCGAAUUUGAACCGGCCCAACCACCGCUUGUCAUUGAAUAUGUUCUCCAUGUUCUUGGGCAUGUUCACCAAGCUCUCGAAGUUUGUCGGCACGCUUCCAUCUAUCCCAAGAGUUUGUCCCUAUGAAUGUGGAAACACACUCAGCCCUGCCCAGAUAUCCAAGAGACAGACGGGAGCGUUCAAAAGCUGUCGUAGUCGAUCAUGCUGUGUAAUCAUUAGUGUGAGGGGGAGCAAUUGGGACAGAGCUCGAGGGGCUCGAGGUGAGGCCGGGAUUAUAAUCUUUUUCCAUGUGUGAUUUUGCAAUUUCUUGCAAGAGAUAUAGGAUGUGGGGACCCCAAAAAUUAACGAACGGCCUGCAAAGAUCGGAUUGGCGAAUAAAAUGUAUGGGUGGGAGUUGAGGAGGGAACGAGAAAACACUCAGGAGGGGAAGGAGGGGUCUUGAGAAAAAAAAGUUCCCAGAUUGGCAGUUUGUUUAUCCAGCGUGGGGGAAAUUCGAAAAUCCGUCGCACACAAC